GGGAAACAAAACCUAUGCGUAUUGAUUGUCAAGCUGCAAUUGUUUAUAAUAACUAUACUUAUAUAAUGUUAUUAUUUAAAGUCUUAUUCCGGUCCGGUAAAAAGCUUGUCCGCAUAUACAUCCAGAAGUGUUUCGAGUCACGAGUGUUGUGAAUGAAAGCGGAACCAUUGCCGCAGCUUCAGGAGUUGACGGAGCUUCUAUUGUGUCGCACACUGUCAAAACGUAAAGCGACAGCAUUGCAGAAAUCCAAACAUAACUUCUGGUAUGGACGGCAUGGUGAUAGAGGAGGAGGAUGACUGCCCAGAGUUGGUGCCCAUCGUCACCACGCUUGGUCCUGGAGAGCAGAUCCCUGUCACCAUCAUCUCAGGAUACCUCGGUGCUGGAAAGACGACACUCCUGAACUAUAUCCUAACAGAACAACACAACAAGCGGAUUGCUGUCAUAUUAAAUGAAUUUGGAGAGGGCAGCGCCCUGGAGAAGUCGCUCGCAGUGAGUCAGGCAGGAGAGCUGUACGAGGAGUGGCUGGAACUGAGAAACGGCUGCCUCUGCUGCUCUGUCAAGGACAAUGGUCUUAAAGCCAUCGAGAACCUAAUGGAGAAGAAAGGAAAGUUUGACUACAUCCUGCUGGAAACCACUGGACUCGCUGAUCCAGGAGCUGUGGCCUCCAUGUUCUGGGUCGAUGCAGAGCUUGGCAGUGACAUCUAUUUGGAUGGCAUUGUCACAGUCAUCGACGCCAAGUAUGGACUGAAGCAACUAACAGAGGAGAAAGCAGAUGGACUCGUCAAUGAAGCAGCCAGGCAGAUUGCUGUGGCUGACCUCACCAUCAUCAACAAGACAGACCUGGUGAAUGAGGAGGAACUUGCCCAAAUACGAGAGGCGGUCAGGUCUGUUAAUGGUCUUGUCAAGAUUCUAGAGAGCCAGAAGUCGAGGGUCGAUCUUUCUGAAGUAUUGGAUCUGCACUCCUUCGACAGCACGAAUGGAGCGCAUCUGGCUGAGAAGCUCCAACUUGUGAAAGAUUCAAGACCACAUCUUGACAAGAGUAUUUUAACUGUGACGUUUGAAGUGGCUGGAGAUCUCUGUGAGGACGCCUUAAACAUUUACAUCCAGGAUCUCCUUUGGGAAAAGAUGUUUAAAAACAAAGAAGGGCAACCCAUGACUGUCAUUCGGUUGAAGGGUAUAGUAUCAUUUGCAGGUAAAGCCCACCAAGUGAUGCUGCAGGGGGUCCACGAGCUGUAUGACCUGAAUGAGACUCCCCAGCUCUGGGAGGAGAACCUGCGGAUCAACAGACUGGUCUUUAUAGGUCGGAACCUGGACAAGGACAUUCUGCAGGAACAGUUCAUUUCUAAAGUGUUGGAAGGAGCAAACGCAAAUUAGCUACAAACUCUUUUCUCCUCUUUGCUUCGAAAACUGAUGAUUCUGAAGCAAAUGUCGUGGCUUUGACCAUCCAUAAUUCUUGGACUGUGUUUGAGACUUUCACUCCUUUCCUACAAGAACCCGAGGUACGUCAGAGGACGGUUAAUGUGACUGCAGUGAUGAAAACAGUUUCACAUUGGGGUAAUCUGCCACUGCCUGCUUUAAAGCGACAUAAACAGUGUGUAUGUGUGUAGUGCUUUGUGGCACCCUCGCAACGUACACUUGACCACAAAAAGAUGCGACAAAGGUUCAGUUGGGUGACCAAAUAGUUUAUGAAGUUGAAAAGUGAUGUACACACUCUAUCAUGGGUUAUACAACACUGUACCUUGUAAACAAAUAGGCCUGCUUACAAUUCUGGCCUCUAACAUCUUGUAUUCUUAAAUUAUUAUAUAUCAAAAUAAAGUUGUUUUUUCUGAACAUA